AUGGCGGCGAGUGCGAAGCGAAAACAGGAGGAAAAACACUUGAAGAUGCUCAGAGAAAUGACUAGUUUGCCUCCCAAUAGAAAGUGCUUUGACUGCGACCAGCGCGGCCCGACCUAUGCCAACAUGACCGUGGGUUCUUUCGUGUGUACCUCCUGCUCUGGGAUUCUACGAGGACUCAACCCGCCGCACAGAGUCAAGUCCAUCUCCAUGACGACCUUCACACAAUCAGAAAUCGAGUUCCUACAGAAACACGGCAACGAGGUCUGCAGACAGAUUUGGCUGGGUCUGUACGACGACAGAACCUUGUCCAUACCAGACUUCAGAGAACCACAGAAAGUGAAAGACUUCCUCCAAGAGAAAUACGAGAAGAAAAGAUGGUGGGUCCCUCCAGAACAGGCCAAGGUCGUUGCUUCAGUCCACGCUUCCAUCUCGGGCUCGUCUAACAGCAGCACGAGCAGCACUCCGGAGGUCCGACCGCUCAAGACGCUUUUGGGAGAGUCUGCACCAUCACUGCACCUCAACAGAAGCACCCCACCCAACCAGUCGCCAAUUGUGAGCCGUGGACAGCCCCACCCACAGCAGUUCCAUGACAAGAAGUUUGACCUCCUCAGUGAUCUUGGUGGAGACAUCUUUGCCGGAUCCUCAAACGUCAACGCUGGCGCCAAUUCCAGCUUUGCCAACUUUGCACAUUUCAACAGUCACACAACACCUCAGGCCGGCAAUGCUAACGCAGACUUUGCUAACUUUGACACAUUCGGAAACACCGGUGCAUCAUCAGGUGGUUUCCCCGCUGCACCGCCUUCAUUUCCAGCUCCAAACACAGCCUUCACUGUGCUCUCAUCCAGCCGCAGUGUGGGUGAGUUUGGUUCUGCUCUGCCUCUGCAGGCAGCUCACAGUAGCACCUCAGAGGGACUAGGAAAUGCAAAUUUGGCAAAUUUUGACAACUUCCCCAAAUCGUGUAGUGCUGACUUUGGAUGCUUCAGCUCCUCCUCCCAGAGUAACUCCACAGGAGCUGGCAGCGCAGCUGCAGAGAGUAGUGACACUGCUGCUGAUAAAUACGCAGCGCUGGCUGACCUGGAUAACAUGUUUAGCUCUGGCAUAACGGAGCCAGGAGGUGGUGUUCCAAGUAACACAAGCACAAAUGCAGCUGCAGCUCAUGUGGCCCAGAUGCCUGUGUCAGGAGGAGACCGCUAUGCUGCUUUAGCGGAGCUGACCACUGGAUUCAGCACAGCUGCUCCUGCCAGUGUCUACAACAGCACCAGCACCUCACACAGUGUUUUUGCCUCGGACAGCGGCGCUCCAUCAGCUCAACCACAGCAGGUCAUGCCUGCUUUGGCUCCUGGGUUUGGAGCUCAAUCAACAAAUCCUUUUGUAGCUGCUUGCAGUGGCCCUUCUGUAGCUCCCACCAACCCAUUUCAGAGCAACGGUCGAGCACUUAAUGCAGCAGCAACAGCCGCGUCCUUCGGCACAGUGUCCAUGAGUAUGCCGUCAGGAUUUGGUAACUCCGCUGGUUUCAACCUCCCGACCAGUUUUAGUGGAACUUUCCAACAGCAGUUUCCUGGUCAAGCUCCUUUUCCUCAGCCGCCUGCAUAUCCACAACAACCCAACGGUGGAUAUCCCGGCUACAUUCAAGCAAAGCCCGUGAUGACUCCGUUUGGGCAGACAAUGGCCGGACCAAUGGUUUCAAGUAAUCCAUUUCUUGGUGCUGGGCCAUCGAUGCAGUAUCCCGCUGGAGGCUCUUCCACAAACCCCUUCUUAUAG